CUACGCCGAACCUUUAAAGUGCAAAAGAAUCGAUUCCGGAAUCGCAGUUGCGAAUCGACGUGCAGGGGAAUCGCGCUACACCUACUGUACACGGGAGGAGCCUCGCAGGGAGCGAGCGACUCGAGCUGCCUGACGAGACGGUUGUGGCGCCUGAGGACACAGCAGCGGAUCCCCUAUCCAGAGCAGCAGCGAGGAAUCGGUAGGAGCAGCAGCAGCGUGUUGGGAUCGGGAUCAGAUGGAGGGAAAGCCAAUCGAGCAGUUUGUGCUGCUGGCUCGCUCGGCGCAAGGCGUGGCGCUCUGCGCUCUCAUCGAGCAAGCCCUGGACGCGCCGGGAGUGUACGUGUUCGGGGAGCUGCUCGAGGUCCCCAGCGUGCAGGAGUUGAGCAACGGACCUCAUGCUCCACAUUUCCAGUUGCUACAGUUGUUUGCAUAUGGAACAUACUCGGACUAUACUGCUAAUUCAUCGAAUCUGCCGAAUCUGUCAGAAGCACAGAAAAACAAGCUGAGACAUUUAACCAUCGUAAGCCUGGCUGCAAAGAUGAAGUGCAUCCCGUACGGCGUGCUGCUCAGCGAGCUGGGCCUGACGAACCUGCGGCACCUGGAGGACGUGAUCAUCGAGGCAAUCUACGCCGACAUCGUGCACGGCAAGCUGGACCAGCGCCGGCGCCAGCUCGAGGUGGACACCUGCAUCGGACGCGACGUGCGCGCCAGCGACGCCAAUGCCAUCAUCAACACCCUGCAGCAGUGGUGUGAUGGUUGUGAAGCUGUUCUGUUAAACAUCGAGGCUCAGAUUCUGCGCGCCAACUCCACCAAGGAAAACCAAAUCGCAGUGCGCGCACAGAUCGAGAACGAGGUGAGCUCCCUAAAGCAGACCAUGAAGGCCGCAGCUGCCUCGGCCGCCCAGGAGAUGGACCAGGUGGUGGAGAGCCGCGACGCCAUGGCGACCCCCGAUCCCACACGGCACCCUGGGAAAAAACCCAGUAAGGUCAAAGGGUUGAGGGGCAGUGGAAAGAUUUGGUCAAAGUCCAACUGAAUACAAGCAUUGCACACGCACAUAAUAUGCACAGUAGGUACAUAUAAAAUAUUAAC